AAAUACUACCCAAGCAACAAACCAAUCGAUGUAUGUUAUUAUGUAUAUGUCUUUGUUAUAGAUUACAACGUCGACGACUCGGUUAUAUCAAAGAGAGUCCAGUAUGAUGAGGAUGAUGGUGUGGUGAGAAAUGAUGAUGACAGCAGCGAUGACAGUAGCAGCAGCGACAGCAGCGACGAUGACGAUAGCAGCGAUAGUGAUAGUAGUGACAGCGAUAGUAGUGAUAGUAGCGACAGCAGUGAUGACAGCGACGAUUCUAGUAAAGACAGCGAUGACAGCAGCAGUGAUAGCAGUGAUAGCAGUGACGAAGAUGAUAAACAGAAAAGGAAAAGGGGCGACAGAGAUGACACAGGCGACGACAGUAGAGAUAGAGAUGAUGGGUUUGACUUGCCAGAGAUCCGUGUGAAAGAUGAUAAGUUUGACGACACUGCUGAUGAUAUGUUGGAAAACGUUCUAGAAGGCAUAGAUAUGGAUGUUGGUGAUAUAGGAAUUGGCGGUAUAUCUGCAAACACUGACGAUAUUGUCGAUGAUUUGGGCGAUGGCAUCAGCGAUGCGGUCGAAAAUGUUAACGAGGUUGUGGGCGACGCGGUCGAUACUUUCACUGAUGGGGCGGGCGAUGUCAUCGACAACAUUCAGGAUGGAGUCGAAAAUACGAUAGAGGCUGUCAGCGACGUGGCUGGAAAUAUGGCAGACAGUGUGAGUGACGUAGCAGGAAACGUGCAGGAUGUCAUUAGUGACGUGGCAGAAAAUACGGUCGACACUAUGAGUGACGUCGCAGGAAAUAUUGUAGACACUGUCAAUGACGUCAUGUCAGAUGGUUCAGAUGCAAUGAACACCAUGGUAGCCGCAAACUUGAUCGCCGAGGCAGCUCCACCCUCGAUCAUCCCUAACACUCGCGUAAACUCACGACCACAGGCGACAUUAGCCGGGGCUAACCGACGACUUGAUAUUCCUCCCGCUCCUGUACCGGCUGUUGCUCUUCCAAGUAUUCCGAAUUCACCCGGAGUGCCGUCCAUGUGGGAAGACCCAUCAAAAGGAUCAGCUGAUUUACAGCGGAACAUUGCCAAUGUAGUUUCCCGUAGCAACGGAGGACGGACAUCUGUUAUCCAAACCGCACGUGACGACAGUAUCCAAUGGAGAUUCUAAUAAUGUGAUACUUGUUUCUAACUAUGACAUCAGUCACAUCAAACCCUCCUUAAAUAUAAUCACUUCAUAGUCAAGUUUAAACGUAAGCCAUUGACUAAUAGUGUAUAUCUUAAGCCAAGAUGUCUUAUCGGCUAUUUGACAAGUUAUUACAUUUGUAGUUCUCGUUAAAAAAAAAGCAUACAUGCUUUAUAUUGGUAUUUCCCCCCGGGAUUGCUUAGGUACUCAUUUGUUUAUACAAAGCCAUAUAUUUAAUACAUGUAGCUUAGUAUUAAAUGUACCUGUAUCGGCAUGAGGAAAAUGUUCUCCUAAAUGUUUCCCUAGCGUCUGGUAGUAGAUAAAACUAGCUAAACUAUUAAUGAAAAUAUGUAUCUGUAAAUAGGAUAAUAAACAAUGUACAUAGACAUUUUAUAACUUAUUUCAUGUCUAAUAUUACCUCAUAUUUCUAGUAUUGCUUACAAACUAUUGUAGAUUUCUAUUACAACAUAUGAUUUGUGUCACUCACUUUCGAAAACAUUUGAAAACUUCAUCAUAUUUUUUUUCUAAAGAGGCUAUAUCUUAUGUGUUGUUAUUUUGACCAAAUGUGUGAGAUUGACAAUAUGUGUUGCAAUGUGUUUUAUAUACCUGAGUGUUAUUUUUCUGUCAUUUAUCAUUAAAAACAAAUGUAAACAAAUA